GUUAUUUAUGGCAACAUUAUUUGGGCUGUGCGAGCCGUCAUCAAAAUUCUUCGAUAUUGGAUUUCUUGGUCUUGGAUUUUCGUCACGGACAUUUGGGCAUCCUUAUUACUAUCUUAGCACGAUAGUUUUGUUAAAAUCAUGGCAGAUCCAAAAGAUGUUAUUAGCAUGAAGUCGUGUCGAAUAUGUUUGACAAACAAGAAACCCCUGUGUCCUCUAUUUCGAUAUAAAUUGUCUGGUAAUUACGCUGAGAUGCUUACCGCCAUUGCAGACGUAAAGGUAUCAUCGAAUGAUGGUUUGCCAGAUAAGAUUUGUAACAAAUGCUGCACUUCGCUGGAGAAAGCAUACCUCCUUAGGACUGUCGCAGAAAGAUCGGAUAAAAUUCUGAGAAAGGCUGUAGUUAAAAUAAAUGAAAAUGUUCCAACUAAAAAGAUAGCAUUUGACUCUUUUACUGACAUAAAAAGUGAGAUAGCACCACUAGCCGUCAAAUCUGAGCCAAAAUGGGAAAUGGAAAUAGAAGUUCUUGACACCUUCAAUGCGCCGAAACCCAUGGACCCGAUUGAUGGCAAAGACAUAGUCAUAGCCAACACUGUGAUCAGGAAAGUUGAACCGGGCACCGAGGAACCUAAAAAAGAAACCUCGGAGGAUGUCGACCUGACAUGGACCAAGACAAAAUCGAACAAUUAUGAUGCAGAAUACCUGGAUGAUGAUUUCUUCCAAGAUGAUGAUGAUGAUGAUUAUGUGCCACCCAAAGAGAAACAGAAAACUAAAUUCAAGAAACCAAAGUUGUCUGACAUUAAAGUUUUCAAGGAAAAGAAAAAAACUAUUGUUAGAAAACUGAAAGUACUAUCAAAGUCUGACAGCUUUGAAACCUUUCAGAGCUCUAGUGAUGAUGGUAAAGGCAAGACAGCAACAACUAUUACAUGCUAUCCGAUAAUGAAGAACGGCUCCCGCGGACCACCGAUCCUCCUCAAGCGGCCAAAAGACGCGACGAUCCUCAAGGUGCACCCCAACUACAAGCCGAGAGCUGAAGCCACGCGGCUCGUCCGGCGCGACAAGCCCGUCCGCAUGGUCCGCUCGGCCAAACCCGUGGUCAAACAGAGGGAGAAGAUGGUCUGUCCGGUCUGCGGGAUUCUCACUUACACUCUUGGCAACCACAUUGCUACACAUCAAGAGAAAAAACGCUACUCGUGCAGUCAAUGCACGCGAUCAUUCGCGCAGAAGGCGAACCUGCAAGUACAUCAGAAACAGCACACGGGCGUCAAGGACCACAUCUGCGAGGUCUGCGGCGCUGGCUUCUACAGCCAGAAGUCACUAGUCAGGCAUAAUCUAAUCCACAAAGGCGAGAGGCCCUACCCGUGCACGCUUUGCAAUAAGAGGUUCAUUGCACGUUGCGAUUUGAACCGGCACCUACGCAUUCACUCCGGCUACAAGCCGUUCAAGUGCGCCACUUGCACCAUGUCCUUCAACGCGAAACAUCAACUGCAGAACCACGAGCGCAUGCACACAGGCGAACGACCGUACUCUUGCGAAGUAAAUCAACCCUCUUUCCUAUAGACGUCCGGCUUGAACCGGCACAUGAGGACACACACGGGCGACAAGCGGUUCAAAUGCGAUAUCUGCGACCGCGUGUUCAUGCAGAGCCAUCAUCUGACGAAUCAUACGCUCUCGCAUACGGGGGACAAGCCUUUUACGUGCCAGGUGUGCAACGUGUGCUUCAGCUACAAGGUGAACCUGAACAACCACGUGUACAAGGUGCACGGCAUCAACCUCAAGUUCAAGUCCAUCCACACGGUGACGGAGGAGAUCCUCCGCCGCGAGAUGGGGCUCACGGGCGAGGCGCGCGCCGCUGUCGCGCACAUCCUACCGCUCGACCAGCAGGAACCCGUGCAGGUCGAUUACGCGGUCGCACACUAGACAAACUGUUUUAGGAGCGUUCCACGGGCUGUCCCGUACAAACGCGUUUUAUUUCCUGUGUUGUGACUUUUUUUUCGGCAUUUAAAGCUGGCGAUUAUUUUUCUGUGCAUAUUUUUGACCAUUUGUCAUAGAAAAGGAAACUCUUAUACCUGCAAAUCUUCAGAAAUUCGCGUUUGUACGGGACAAACGGUAGACAAUUUCAUGGAAUGCUCUUUUAACACAUUCAGCGCUAAGAACCCGACUGGCGGGUACACCUCGUAGCGACUAUGCGCUCCAUACGGCAAAGACGUGGCUAGCUCUUAGUGGCAAUGAAUGUGUUAAGGAAAAACUAGGGAGAUGGAAAAGAACAAUAUUUGUAUUUUAACCUUACGGCAACGUGGUGCAAUAAUGUUGCCAUAGUCCAAAAUGACAGAAAAAUUAUGGUAUCUGUUUUCUAGAAAUGUUAUCCACUAAGGGCCAGUUGCAUCAACCCUGACGGACCCAUUUGACGGACUGAUCAACGCCAGCUGGCGCGCCACUAUGAAACUUUCCAUACAUAAAAAAUUAGCGAACUCUAACGUUACGAACAGUUUGGUGCAACCGACCCUAAGGGAUUAAAACUUGCAAACAGGCUACAUUGUAUAAUAUGACCUUUAUGUCGAUAGAGUCAGUCUUGGCUAACUUUGCACUGACUUGAAUGGAAUAAAAUGAGGGAGUGUUAUAAAAAACGUAAGAAUUUUGACAUUAAGAGUCCUUACUCCUACAGACGAGCGUAUUUUGCAAAAUGCUUCCUUUUUCAUUCAAGAUUACGACGUAACUAUUAGUAUUUAUUCAAAAACUGAUAACGUACUCAAAUAAUCAUUUCUUAAACUAGGGGCUGCAAAUGUUCUA